GUUCCAGGUCUUUUUUUGGUGACGUCAUUGAUCACAAUGAAAAACGAAGAGGCAGCGGCUAUCAUGAAGUCUGUUUCUGACGCUUGGGAGAAAGAUUAUUACGCCGGAAAGUUGGAUAAGGUGAUCGAAGAUUAUUUUCAUACUGAUGCUGUUGUAGUCCAAAAAGGGGAGAAUGCUGUGUAUGGCAAGAAAGUCAUAGGAGAAAUGUUCAACAAAAUGUCAGAAGAAUAUGGGCAAGUCAAAUUUGAAAGGAAGAACGAAAAGUGCUGCGGUUGUGAUAGCUGUAUCUGCAUGUCCUGCGAUAUUAUCGUAGAAUCGCCGAAAAAAGGCAAAGAACUUGGAAAGUCAUUUCAAAUUUGGAGGAAGGAAGGCGGCAAAUGGAAAGUCUUUCAUGACGAGUUCGAAAUGAUAAAGAAUGAAAAGACCCACGUUUGA